AGGGCCUCUCGUCGCAAAGCUUCACCGAGCUGCAACUCCAUUGCCCAGAGCUUGUCAUUGAAGGUGCGAGAGAGCUGUGAAGAAGCGAAGGGCCCAAGGGGGCGGAAUGUCACUCUCGCGCACUGGUGCACGUAACGAUGUAAGACACAGUAUGUAAAAUCCUCGCUUCGUUGUCGGAAUUCGAGACAGGCUUCGAUUCACAGAAUUAGUUUGCAAGGGCACUCACUAUCCACGACAGUCUCACACGUUUGUUGUGGGAAUUCAAUGGGUGGGUGAUGGCGAGAUUUUUCCAUAAUAGCAAUAGAGAAUUAUAAUGAAUCCUCCGUUUGUACCCACCACAAAGAUGCGCCCAAAUUCGAUGUGCUUGGGAGAGGAUUGUGUGGUUUGGAGGUUUAGGGUUUUGCGGUUGUGUGCUAGUGCUUAAGCUAGGGGCUGGUAUCAGUAAAGCAGGGCAUCAGCUAUGGUAACGGUGAUGCGGAAUUGUGUCGCCGACAGCCCACUCUGGUGCGGUCGUUUCAAACCUUCGCAUGUGUGUGCUCCGCUCCGAGAGCAGAAGCAGGUGCGUCCAUAUGUGAAGUACGUGUUUCGAAAUUGCUCUACAUCUGGUAGCCUCGAGAGGCGGGAUGAUUUAGUGGAGAAAACGCAGCCCGGUUGGAAAUGGCGAUUGGUGAUUUCAUACGAUGGCACACAGUAUUCAGGAUGGCAAAUUCAGAAGAACUAUGUCUCCAUUCAGGAAAAGGUCGAGGAUGCUCUGUCAAAAUUUACGCGGUUGCCACGCGAUGAGCUGAAACUUGUGGGAGCAGGUCGCACUGAUGCCGGCGUCCACGCCUGGGGUCAGGUUGCGCAUUUCACGACACCUACUUGCUUCUGUGAUUUGGAACCGUUGCACACGUCGUUGAACGGCAUUCUCCCGCCUGACAUUCGAAUACUAGAAGUAUCCUCUGUCCAGCCGGACUUCCACGCCCGGUAUUCGGCAUGCCGCAAAACAUAUCAAUACAAAGCCUAUGUGUCGCCAGUGAUGGAUCCCUUUCAACAUGCUUACGCGUAUCACAUCAAAAAUUCCGUCAAUAUUGCUGCAAUGGAAGAGGCUGCCUCAUAUUUUGUUGGCACUCACAAUUUCUCUGCAUUUGCUAACCAUUCGGCUGACACCGCAUCGCGAGACACUCUUCGCGAUCUUUUAAGUUUUACCGUUUCAUCCAUAGGACCGCAGUUGUUGUUUGAAGUAGAAGGGAAAUCCUUUAUGUACAAGCAAGUGCGUAAUAUGGUCGGAUUACUGGUUCAGGUUGGAAAAGAACUAGUGCCUCCAAGCAUGGUGAGGACGAUUCUGCUGACGGAAGAUCGCCGAGAGCUAGCUAAAAUUUCUCCAGUUGCACCUGCACACGGCCUGUACUUGAUGUCCGUAGGUUACGAUGACAAAGUGCUUAGACCGGUACCCAAUGCUCCGAAGGCCAGCUUUGGGCGGUGGCUUCGUUACCCAGUGAGCAUAUCAGCUUGAAACAGGGUGGUGGUACGAAACAUUACAAUUAUGUUGUUGUGAAGAGUAAUGACUCUUUACAUAAGCCAAGACAGGCCUAUGCCGUGUACAUUACAUUUAGGGUUCUUGAAUUUCCCAUGUCAGUGCGCACUAGAUUCCCUGUUCACGGACGAUUUGCAAGUACUGAGAACUGGACUUUGGCCUCGUUGAGGUUCAGUAUAGUUUUCUUCACAAGUAAUACUCUUCUAUUCUCUGGGCGGGGCCAAUCCCUUAUCCUGAAUGCAGUUGACAUAGGUUGAUUUGUUCUACUUUGAAAGCACCUAGUUCUACUUUGAACAACUGACCAGACCUUUUCAUGCAAAAUUGAAGGUUUUGGACCUUCAGAUGCUCUACAAUGUUUACUUGGUUCAGCAUUCAGACCUGAAUUUGCCAAGCACACCGGAUGUUGUAGUUUAA